AUGGAAAAAUUGGUUAAGGAAUUGAGAUUUUCGACAAAUGGCAACCUUCGACAGUAUAUCACAACUGUCAAACGACUUCUAUUGCAAUUAGAUUCCGCCACUGUUGUACUCAUCGGUGCCAGAUCAGCGAUUUUGAAGGUCGUCACUACGGUUGAGCUCCUCAAAAUUCAACUGGAGUUCCCUAUAGCUGCAUCUUUUUCAUCGACAUUAAGUCAGGAUUGUGGGUUUUUGGGCUUGUUUGCAUCGGGGAGAGGGUUAGUCAUUCUUUCUAUUUUGGUUUCACGUAUAGCCAACACAACAGGUCCUCCUCAGUCGUUCUCACCGGCAUCUACAGCUGUUCUGCCGCGUCGAUGUAAAUGGAACCGAAGACCUUGUCGUCAUAAGAGAGGUUUAUCUGAAUCAUCUUCCCCGGAACCAAAUCGUUAUGAAGGGGCCGACCAAUCUUGGAAAUUUAGAGGUUCAAAGGCGCCUUAA